AUGCAGGCUGCACUCGGUGCCCGCGCCGCCACAGUCGCGUCCGAGGCCUCUAUGACCUUGCUAGGCUUUGGUGGAUCGGGUGCGUUCUCCCUUCUACUCUCUUCCGCAUCCUCUCCAGUACCCUCCUGUACUCCUUCUCUCUCGUCUUCCGCUUUUCCACCCCUCCCCGUUCCUUUACUUGCAACCAAUCCCCCCAUCUCACGUCCCACCCCACCAGGCGCCUGGUGGCCCUACGACCUCUACAACUUCCCCGACCCCGUCCGCGCCAACCUCUCCGCGCUCCUCUUUUCCGACACCGGCCUCGGCCUCACCUCCUACCGCUACAACAUCGGCGGCGGCGGCGUCAACGUGUCGAACCCCGUGCGCGCGCCAGAAACAUUCUAUGUCGACAACAAUACAUAUGACUGGGACGCGGAUGCCCCCGGUCGGUACUUUUUGUACCAGGCGCAGGAGGUAGGCGGGGACGACCUGAAGAUCACGAUGUUUGUGAACAGCGCGCCGGCGGCGAUGACGCUGGAGCAUGCGUCGUGCGGGACGAGCUUUGCGAACGGAACGGGCGACUGGUACGGCGGGUACGUCGCGGACGUGCUCGAGCACUUCCUAGUCGAUGAAGGUCUGUCGAAGAUCGCGUACGUCUCGCCCAUGAACGAGCCGGAUAACAAUUUCGGACCGUCGCCGUGUGGGCAGGAGGGGAUGGAGGUCACGCAGUAUCAGCGCGCAGAGAUGAUCACCGGCCUUUACAACGCCCUCGUGGAUCGCGGUCUGCAGGACAAGGUCGGCAUCCUCGCGGACGAGUCCAGCUCUCUCAGUCGCGCGACGGGGGAGUACGCGGACUGGUUGCCUGAAGUCAUUGACAUGGUCGCCUACCUCGUCCACCACACCUACGACUUUCCGUCCGACGCGAGUUAUGCGGCGUAUGCUGCGGACGUCGCAGACCGUUUCCCGGGAAAGGCGACGUGGAUGAGCGAGAUCUGCUGCUCCCUCGGCGAGGCAGACGGUACCGGCCGCGGCUGGUCGGGAGGAUACGACCCGACGAUCGCUAACGCUCUGAUGUGGUCUGGCAUGGUCUAUCAGAGCAUCCUCGUCGCUGGCGAGGCGCACUAUGACUUUUGGACGCUCGUGUCUGGUGGUAUAGGGUGUGAUCCGCUUGGCGAUGCUUCGUGCGUGACGACGCCAAAUGCGGAUGGGUGGACGGACGGCGUGAUCUAUUAUGACGACGACUACGCGACGAACGGUAACUACGAGCUUUACUUGACGAAGCACUUCUGGACGUACAAGCACUUCGGCAACUUCGUGAAGCCUGGCGCCUCCCUCUACCCCAUCACCAACACCGACUCCACGCUCCUGAACUCCACCAUCGUCGUCGGUACACCCUCUGGCGACGCCUUCAACGUCAUCUCCAUGAACCCGACCACGGAGGAUGCACAGCUUGAACUUUCGUUCUCUGCAUGCGUCGAGCCGACCACUGCAUACCGCACGUCCGCCGAGGAGGAUUUUGCGGAGCUUGAGGGGGCGGAUGUGGUGGUGUCGGGCGAGGAGGGCUGGGUCUUGACUGUGAGCGCGACAAGCCAAGAGACGUUUGUGUUUGGGGUGGUCGAUUGUUGA